AUGGCAUUUAUUGACUCCGACUCCGACUCGGACCGGGACUCCAGAACCUUUGAGCCGUUGAGUGAUUCUGAAUGGGAGGAAAUGGAUGAUAUCGUCGUCAAAUGGAGCCAGCCACUCGUCAAUUUCGUCCGAUCCCCCAGGAAGGUAGCGCGGGCCUUGUAUGACACUCGGGGGAUAUUCUGGCUGCGUGUUACGGGAGAGGCUGUCAUGGCCGCCGCUGAAAUUGGUCAAAGGUGUACCCUCGACUUCUUAUUUAGCGAUGGUCACACAGCCAACAUGCGGGCAGCAGGGGCGCCUCCUCCUGAUGCGGAUGUUGCCCCUGACUGGGCUACGCGUGAUGCCGACAUUGCCUUCGUCACUUUUUACGAUGAAAAUGAAAGCCUACACCUAAACUAUUAUCCACUGCAGGCUGCAGCCCAUAGCAGGGAGAUGAGAGAUCGUCGAGAUAAGCAGGUCAAGGUGAUGCGCUACCUACUUAAGGAGGGCGCGGAUCCCUUUGCGCUUUUCCGGGCUCCUCUCGGACGACGCAAAUUCUUCCGCUACCCUUGCGAGACGUUUGACGAGCAAUUAGACCCGGUUCAUGAUGAAGAUGGCAGUGUAUUACCCCGUACUCACUUUUCUAAGUUCGGCACCCGCAGUGUUCUCCAUUCCAUUCUCGAGACUGGCGGGCAGGCUUUACCAUUUUUUGAGGAGAAGGUUAAGCUUGACAUUGAGCAUCGUGACCCCCAGGGCCGCACCCUUUUGCAUUCCGCCUGCCUGUCUGAACUAGGUGCUGAUGCCCUUCUCGAUGAUACCUGGUACGUCUGGUACACCCAUACGGUAUUUUUUUCCUACGAUGUCCAGCCUUCAUUGUUCCAUGCUCUCCGGCUUCGCAAUGCCGACAUGCUGGCGGUCGACAGCAGAGGACGGCACAUUCUUCACCAUCUCUGUGAUGGUGGAGUCCGUGACGAGGGAUGUAGUGACGCCAUAAAUUACACUCUAACACAUCUACCCCAGCUGGCUAACCAGCCAGACCACCACAGCAUCUUUCCACUCCAUACUGCCUUACAGAGCAUGCGCUGUAAUCUGUUUAGUAGUGCAAAGUACUAUGUGAACCGCAUCGAGCAGCUUUUCGCCGCAGGAGCUGACCCCCAUGCCCGCGACGGAAGGGGGAACACUGGAUUGCACUACCUUGCGGCUACCCCUUUCGAUUACGGAUACGAUUACAAGGCCGGCGGACUGUUAUUUCAUAAGUUCCUUGAGCUUGGGGUAGAUAUAAACGCGCGCAACAACGCCGGACGAAGCGCAAUCGAGGUUUUUCUCGACGAUGAAGAUUCUGGGCGGAGCCGAGUCGAUAAACUCCCUCCUACUAGAAGUUUCCACGGAACCUCUAAGAUACGCCUAUAUACGUUCCUGGAUUUACAGGAUUUAUUUGCCGAAACAAACGUCGAUUGGACGCAGAGGAGCGCGAACGGUCAGACUUUACUCCACUUAGUUGCCUUGCAGGCAUCCACGCUGGCUGUAGAGCACGCUGAAUAUCUGCUGAAGAAGGGUGUAGAUGCUUCCGUAAAGGACGAGGACGGGAAGACGGCAGCAGAUGUGGCGGAGCAGUAUGGAAGAGAUCAAAUGCUGAACCUGUUACGUCCACCCCCACCUACGCCGCGCAUCGAGGAGGAAUAG